CUUUACUUUCACUUUAGUCAUCUGUGUGCGGACAAAUCAAUAGGUUCUGAGAGUCAUCAGGAAAAUUAAAUCUGUCUGUUGUCCAAGGAGAAAAGCACCGUUAUGCCACCAGUACAGAAACCACAGCCCGGGGACCUGAUUGAGAUCUCUCGUGGCCUGUAUGCGCACUGGGCUGUGUAUGUUGGUGAUGACUUUGUUGUUCACUUUGGAGUGCCAGCUGCAGACCUUAGUCCAGGCUCCAAGGCAGUGUCUUCCCAAACUGUGGAGGGCCGUGUGAUGAAGGAGAAGCUGGAGUCUGUAGCUGGAAAAGACAAGUGGCAAGUCAAGAACAGUUUGGAUGGGAAGUAUAAACCCCGUCUAGCUAAGGAGAUUGUGAAGGAUGCCCUUGCAUCGGUUGGCAAAGCGCGGAAGUACAACCUCAAAGAGAGUAACUGUGAACACUUUGCCAAUGAGAUGCGUUACGGUGUAGCCGUGUCUCAGCAGGUGCAGAAGGUAGAUGAAGCAGCAGCAGCAGCAGCAGCAACAGCAACAGCACUACCUGUUGGUAUUUUUGGGAGUCUGGUUAUUGGUGUUAGUGCUUUGGCACGAGCUGCAGUUAAAGCCAGCACAAACUAACUGGAACUUAAAGCAAAAAAAAGUAAAGACUAACUCAGAAAAUCAUUUUGACUUACUGAUCACAAAGAAAUCACAAACCUAAUCUGAUCUUUUUACUCGAAUCUGUCCCUGUCCAUUUUUAAUGCCAAGCAAGCUG